AUGUUAUAUAGAAUAACUGAUAUAUUGGCCAAGUACUCACGAAGCUACUUGUUGCUAGUGACAUCAUUAUCACUCUCGGUCUACAUCUUCUACUACUUAAAUGUCGAACUUGUACCAAAGGUGACCAAUGGCAGGAUGUUGGACUCAUUCAUUGCAGGAUACACGGCAGAGGAGGGACUGGCAGAGUUGGACAAAUUCACAAGAUAUGAGAGGAGUCUUUACAAGUCGAUGUAUGCCGAUGGUUAUGAUGUGGUACUACCAUUCACUAUAGCCGGUGUAUUAUUAUCACUACAAGCGUUCUCUUAUCCAUUGUUCAACACUAAGCCAUUCAAACUAUUAAUGUUCAUUCCACUAUUAUACAUGAUAAGUGAUCUUUCCGAGAACUUUGUUCACUACCAAGUUUUGGUAAUGUAUGAGAAUGGAGCUACAAGACAACAAAAGUUAAACUAUCUCUUUUAUGGAGGUUGGUUCGAUUUGUUCAAGUACAUUACAUUCUGUAAGUGUUAUUAUAAUGACCAAGCUUGA